AUGAGGUUCGGCACGAAAGAAGCGCCGCUGGAGUCGGAUGGCGUACCUGCUUGGCCUGAAGUCGACGAUACACAUGUGCCCGUCCGCCAUAAUGGCGCUGGUGGUACUCAGAUCGACAAUGAGACGGGUGUCAAGCGUGGUCUUAAGAAUCGCCAUCUCUCCAUGAUGGCUUUAGCGGGCAUUAUAGGACCUGGCCUAUUGGUUGGCGCCGGCGGGGCGCUGAACAAUGGAGGACCUGCAUCGCUGCUCAUCGGCUUCGGAGUCAUUGGGAUCAUUGCAUUCUCCAUCAUGCAAUCGCUUGGCGAAAUGACCACGCUCUAUCCCGGAGGUGGUGCAUUCAUCAGCCUGGCUGAGAGAGUGGUGGAUAAGGCUUUUGCUGUGGCUGUGGGCUGGAAUUACUGGAUAAUUUGGGUGUGCGUCCUUGCAAACGAAUAUAACGUUAUCUCGAGUAUCAUGGUCUUCUGGAGCGACAAGGUGCCUUUGUGGGGCUAUUUCUUGAUUUUCUGGACAGCAUUCCUUGGGUUUCAGCUUUUGGGCGUAGAAGCUUUCGGAGAAGCUGAGUUCUGGCUGGCAUUGGUGAAGUUACUAGGUCUGACGGCGUACUUCCUCUUUGGCAUUAUCUACGCUUCAGGAGGUCUCAUCGGUCAACAAGAGCCACUAGGCUUUCGAUACUGGAACAACCCAGGCGCCUUCAAUGGCAAUGGCUUCCGAGGUGUGGCAACGGUAUUCGUCUUCUGCUCAACGUUCUACGCAGGCGUGGAGUCUGUUGCAGUAGCAGCAACCGAGACAAGGAACCCGGGAGUCGCCGUACCGCAGGCUAUUCGCCAAGUCUUUUGGAGAAUUAUCUUCGUGUACAUGGGAUCUGCUUUCUUCUUCGGCUUGACGUGCCCAGCCAAUGCAGAUGGUCUCGUCAAUGGUGGAAGUCGAGCAUUGCAAUCGCCGAUGACUAUCGCCAUACAAACAGCUGGUUGGGAGGGUGGAGUGCAUUUGAUCAAUGCUUUCAUCUUCAUCACCUGUCUAAGUGCCGUCAACAGUUCGAUCUACAUCGGAUCGCGCACGAUCCUGUACAUGGGACAUAGUGGUAUGGCGCCUGGAUUCUUAGCCUACACGAACAGACGAGGUGUUCCGGUCUGGGCUAUAUUGCUUACAAACGCAUUUGGCGCUAUAUCUAUGAUGAACAUCAGCACGGGAGCGAGUAAAGCAUACUCAUACAUCGUCAACUUGAGCGGCGUCUCCACGUUCAUCGUUUGGGCCAGCAUCUCCUUUAUCCAUAUCCGAUUUCGCUCAGCAUGGAAAGCGCAAGGACGAACGAAGGCAGAACUACCUUUCAAGUCACUCUGGUACCCUUGGAACGCAUACUUUGGCCUCUUCACCACGCUGUUCCUUGCUCUGGUCCAAGGAUGGACGACACUUUCUCCCUUCUCGGCAGGAAACUUUGUGGAUGCAUAUAUCUUGCUACCACUGUUUCCUAUCAUUUACGUGGUCUACAAACUUAUCAAGCGUACGCAUUUCUGGAGAGCUCAUGAGAUAGAUCUGGAUUCGGGGAGGAGGGUAGAUCUCGAUCAGAAGGGCGUGGUGGCGGAUGAUGAGGAGGCUCAUGAGGAGGUAUUGAAACCGAGACCGUGGUGGAAGAAGAUGUUGCAUAAUUUCUGA